AUGAGCCUCGCCAGGACCAGGGCCUGUCCCUCGCCCCGGCCCCCGGGCUUCCUCGCAGGGCUCAGCCUGGCCCCCCGUGCCACUCUCGGCCAGCGCUCUCCGCGCUGGUCCGUCCAGGCCCGCCCGGGCCCUCCCGACGCGGCAUGGCCCUUCCCUCAGCCGCAAGCCUGUGUGAGCACAGUGAGCACAGUGGGUCUGUGUGAGGGUCUGUGUGGGACCCCGGCGCCCAAGAGAGAUCCGCGCGUGCAGGCCUCGGGCCAACGUCUCCCCGGCCGCCCGAUCAUAGAUGUGGGCCCGGAGGCGGCAGAGUGUGGCAGCGUGUGUCGCAGUAUUGGGGACCCCCUCGGCCGCCGCAAGCGGCUGAGGUACCCUGGAUGGGCGGGUGUGUCGGGGCGCCGGUGGGCCCCAGAGGCCGCCGCUGACUCGGAGCCGGGACCGGAAGCCCGCCUUUUGUCCUGUGGUCCACGGGCUGGCGCGCGGCUCUCGGCCACGGUCGCUCUCCCAUCCGCCAUCUCCGGCCCCGCGCCCUCCCUUCCUCACGCUGCCUCUCUCUCCCAGCGUUGUUGUUGA